UGCUGGUCCCACAGUUUGACCUGGGUCCCUGUACGGCCUCCCAUUGCUUCCACUCUGCCAUGUGCCACUUUGAGGUCUCCUUACACUCCUGCGGUUUUCCAUUUUGUCAUAGGUUGCUGGCAGAUUAGCGGCCUUCCAUAGGUGCCGCCAGGCCCCAUAUCGGCCAUGGGCCCCCGUACCGCCUGGUCACGCUGCUGCUGCUCAGCCCACAGUGUGACCUGGGUCCCUGUACGGCCUCCCAUUGCUUCCACUCUGCCAUAUGCCACUUUGAAAUCUCCUCACACUCCUGCGGUUGUCCAUUUUGUCAUAGGUUGCUGGCAGAUUACAGGCCUUCCAUUGGUGCCG